GCAAAUAAAACACGGUCGGGACAUUGGAAUGCACGGCGCAACACAGCAGACAAUAAUCGUCUGGGUUGUUGCGCUUGUUAGUAAGCGUGCAUUUUUGUUCCUGGAAUGACAAGCAGUGGGGGGGCGAGCUUUUUUUUUUUCAAUCGGUUUUUACGCUCGAUGCUGCGUCAUGUCCCACUUUUUUGACCCUUCGUGCAGAUAUGAGCGAGCGCAUUGCACAUGUAUUAUGUGGAAGCAUGAACGAAACAUGAUGUAUACGGGCCAUUCACCCUUUUUGCCCCCGCCCUCUGGCCUGCGAGGGGGCGCUUUCUUUUCCUCUUCUUGCGACUGCUCUAGCCGCGCUCCCUCCUCGCGUUCGCUGAAAAAGGCAUCUUCGCUCAGCUGCACAGGAUAUGAAGGUGCAAAUCCCCACCCCUCCCUUCAUCUCACACAUCUGUUCUGCUCACAAUUGGACAAAAUUGCGUCCUUGUGUUUGGCCCGCGAAAAAGCAAGCCAGCGAGGAAGGGCAAAGCGCCCAGCUGGCCAGAGCCCCUCCUCGGCCAAUCACCGACCCGGCGCUGCAAUUUUCAAGCUCCGCCUGGGCAUUCACACACCACCCGCUCCAUUUUCCGUCUCGACCUGGGAUGCUGGCCGGGAUGCUAUUUCUCCUCUGUCGCAAAUCGAACUCGUUUUUUUCCAGCAUAAAAGGGAGCCGUUUUUCAAAUGACGAAACGACCUCCCCCGACGAUCUCACCUGUAUUUCCGUCUGCCCUUUUCAUCGCCUCUGCAAAAGAUUUAUUGCCGCGUGAAGCAGCAAGGACGAGCCGGGUGUCUAAUUGGUUGGGCCACAGUCAAGACUUCGGCCUUGCGAAAUUUGUGAUUUCUCCCUGGCCAAUAUCCGAAGAGGGCCUCCCCAUGGCUCAAAAG